UUUGAAUUUCGAACGUUCGAAUUUAAAAGCGUGUGGUCGAAAAUAAUCGUACACGAAAAUUUGUCACGAUUUUUUUCGCAUGAUCCUAAUAAAACUUAUUUUUGAAAGUCACCAUUCGACUGUGUAGUGAUUGACUAUCGAUAUUUUGCAUUUCAUUGUACGCAGAAAGUCGAUAAUUACCGGUUAUUUUAAAUUUACUUAAAAACUAAAAUUAAGGGGUAUACCCUUAUUGAAAUUGGUGUUUGGUGUAAUAUUUGUAAUAAAUAAACAUUUUGGGGUAUUUUACGCUUGACAGUACAAAAAAAAACUUAUUUUUAUUUUAUGCUACUAUGGAAUGAAACGUUUAGUUUCCUUCGUUAAUGAGUCUAUGGUUGGUUAUGGUAAAUAUUGUGGCGGCCAGUCGCCCCUCUCGGCAGUAUUUGGAAUUUCAUAUUAGUUUACUUUGUUUGUUUAGAAUUCGUUUGUAUUUGCGCCCGCAAAGUGUUCAGAAAUGUCUGAAAAUAAACAUAACAUGUCGAGUACCCAAAAAAAAAGGCCUAGCCGAUAUCAUGGCUUCGAGAACAGAGCUGAGAUCAGGCAAGUUUACCUCCAGCUUCACACACAAAAAAGCACAAAAAGAAUGGGAGGAGAUAACAACUAUAUUAAACGCCAUGCCAGGUGCUACUAAGACCUGGCAGCAAUGGAGGAAGUCAUGGCAAGAUCUGUUGAGCAAAACCAAAUCUAAAAAAGGUGCCAUUAACAAGGACCUACACAGAACGGGAGGAGGCCGGCCUCUGCAAGCUCUAACAGAGGUGGAAACGAACAUUGCUUCCCUUAUCGACCCAAGAACUAUUUCGGGCCACCGAGACUCACAAGAGUCAGAAGUCACCUUCGACUUUGAUGCACAUAUGAUAAGUCAUAUGGAGGCAGAGUCAGAGGAAGAGGUGACUACGGUGGUACAAAUUGUUUCAGAUGAUGAUGCUGAUGCUGCACUGCCCAAACCGAAAGAAAAGGUCAAACAAAAAAAAAUAAACCUAAGAACUUUGAUGCAACAAAAAUUGGAUUUAAAAAAACAGGCAGUUGAAGCUGAGAUUAAUUUUUACAGGGAGUUCCUUGACAAUAUGAGAAAGCAAACUGCUGCACUGGAGCAGAUUGCUUUAUCUGUAAGAGGAAGAGAGCGAAGCAAUCUGCUCUAG